GCACAUGAGAGUAGAACUUCAGUCACCUUUGCUUUGUAUAUCUGCAAAUUACAUAAUUUUUACUGAAUUUUUCACUUUUGAUAUCUGAAAAAUUCUCUGCAGAUUCCAAAUUUGAACGGUUGAAGAAGAAGAAGGAGAGAAUAUGAGAGGAAACGAUCCGAAUCCGUUUGAUGAAGAGGAGCCUGAAGUCAAUCCUUUUUCAAAGGGUGGCUCUGCUCCUGCAUCUAAAUCACGCUUUCCUCAAAUGAUUGCUAGUACUCUUGGUUUUGGCCAAAAGCAUGAUGCAACUGUUGACGUCCCAUUGGAUUCAAUGAAUGGUCCCAAUAAGAAGCAAAAAGAAUUAGCAGCUUGGGAAGCAGAUCUGCAAAGGAGAGAAAGAGAUAUUAAACGAAGAGAAGAUGCUGUUGCUGGCGCUGGUGUGCCAACUGAUGAUAGGAAUUGGCCUCCCUUUUUUCCAAUUAUUCAUCAUGAUAUAGCAAAUGAAAUACCAGCUCAUUCUCAGCGUCUGCAGUAUUUGGCUUUUGCGAGCUGGUUAGGUAUUGUUUUUUGUCUGGCGUUCAAUGUUCUUGCCGUGACUAUCUGUUGGAUUAAGGAUGGCGGUGUUAAAAUCUUUUUCCUGGCUGUAAUAUAUGCUUUAACGGGAUGUCCCCUUUCGUACGUUUUGUGGUACAGGCCUCUGUAUAACGCGAUGAGGACUAACAGUGCAUUGAAGUUUGGAUGGUUUUUCAUGUUCUACUUGUUGCACAUUGGAUUUUGCAUAAUUGCUGCUAUUGCUCCUCCCAUUGUAUUUCAAGGAAAAUCCUUCACGGGUAUCCUUGCAGCAAUUGAUGUCUUCUCUGACCAUGUGUUGGUUGGGAUAUUUUAUUUGAUUGGAUUUGGCUUCUUCUGCUUGGAAGUUUUGCUUAGCUUGUGGGUGUUGCAGAAAGUGUACAUGUAUUUCCGAGGGCACAAGUGAUGCACGUGUUUGGACUCAAAGACCUCAGUGUCGUAGCAACAAAACAAUUCUUUUCCAGAGGAAGCUAAAUAUAUGCCUUCAUUAUCAAUUUGGUUGAGUUAUGACUUGCGUGAUAUAGUUGCAUGUUUUCUAGGUUCAAUAGUAAUCUUUGCUUCAUUCAAGCAUAUUCGUUUUCAUUGUCGUUUUUGUAUGUAAUCACAGUUUGACCUUUGAUCAUUAGACUGCUACAUUAUUAUACCUAUAUAGUACCUUCAUUGGGAUUCAUUUUGAAUCAAAAACACCCAUUUGGUUCGGA